AUGUCAAAUGAUCUGAACCGGCUUCAACUGUUGGAAAGUGUAUUCAACAGAGUGACAGAGUUUGCACGUACUGUUCACAGCAUACUGCCCACCAUCAGAGAGUGUGUUGAACUGCAUGAGAGACUGUUGGACUCCAUCGGUCGCAUUCUGUCUCUGUUGCAGCUCAUACGUGACGGUCUCAAUGGGCAUACGCCUGGACUGACAAAUGGACGGUCGAAGGGUUGA